GCAUUGAAGGUGGCUUUGGAAGGCAACAUGAGGAAGUCUGAGUGGGCCCUGAAAAGCUUGGAUGCCACCGUUGACAUGACGAGAACUUCCCAGACCUACAAGUGCGGGUGGAACUGGGUCUUCAAUGCUUUGCUGAACAGAAGGUGCACUGAGGAUGGGCCCAAUACCAUCUUGCAGAUGGACGUCUCCCUGGGCAAGCGCUGGUGCUUCCAUGGGCGUUCUGGCCAGGUGGUCAUCAGGCUGCCAGCCCGAGUCCACCUGACUGCCAUCGCUGUGCAGCACGUCGCUGAGGAAGGCUUGCUGUUUGUGGCUGCCAGCAGUGCUCCCAGAUCCAUGGCUGUCUAUGGACUGGAUGCUGAUGGAGAUGAGGGAACUUGUCUCGGUUUUUUCACGUACGAUGUGGAAAAAGAAGCCAUUCAGCCCUUGCCUCUGAAGAACACGCUGCACCCCAGAGCCUUUUCUUACAUCAAAGUGCUUGUACUGGACAACUGGGGAAACUCAGAGUACACCUGCUUUUCUCGAGUGUGGGUCCACGGGAAGAUGGCAAAACCGGAGAGCCCGUUGUGAAAGCCGAGAGUCCAAAUGUUGUUGGGUUUGGGGGAGACAUUUUUUCUUUUUUGAUGGUCUGCAGUAGUCCCUAGUGGUUGUUGAAAAGGUGUCUUGCAGGUGUCUU